AUGCAGAGUCAGCGGUCUUCCAAGAGCUACAGCUUCAUCUCGGAAGGUUCACUGGCGCUGGGGGACGACGUCUACGGCCUUCGCGUGCCUCGAGAACUUCGUGUACAUUCAUCCACACCAACCGACAAUGUGGACGACGUACUGAGUGUCUCGCCGAGAUCGAGAACUGCUAAAGCCAGCAACACGUGCGAAAUGGGACAGAAGCACUCGGUCGCCUUCGACCGGACGUGGGUGGACUCGGAGAUUCCAGUGGUGGGCAGGUCCAGCUCCGCUCCACCGUCCAUCCAACUGCUUCAGGAGGUUAUCCACCCGUCAGAGAGGAGACGAGCGGCUACAGCACCGCCCUCUGGCUUCUUUAACCACUUGUUAUACGGCAGUCUACGAGCAGGUGCAUUGGCUGAAUUAUUCUCCCAGCCGUACUGCGGCUUGGCCAUCUCCGCCGCGGCUACAGGUUUUAUGAUUCCGUUCCUCGCAGACGCAUUCCAGCCACUAUUAUGCGUCUAUCUGAGCUUUAACAGCGACCAGUGCACUGCUACACUUCGAUUUCUCAAGCUUCCGGGUGUAAUCAGCUUCUUCAUUGGACUAUUAUCAGAUUUUUACCCGAUCUGGAGUUUCCAUCGCAAGUCGUACAUGCUGGGAGGGUGGAUCUUCGCCUAUAUGGCGCUGAUGGCUCUCGUUAUUGUUGCAUUGGUCGACGACCGCGCAGGAUUUAUGAACCCUAGCGUCCGAACGUUCUACGGUGGCGCAGUGUAUGUGCUUCUCAUGAUGGCGACAAGUUUAGGAAUCACAGUUGCUUCAAUUGCUGCAUUUGCGUUUUUGGUGGAAUUAUCGCAACGUGAACCCAUUCACGAACGUGGCACACUUGUGGUGCAAUAUUUGCUGACACAAGAAGCAGCGACGCUAUUGGCAGAUAUUGUGAUAUCUUUAGUCGUGGGCUAUAAUAAGGAGUCCGAUACGACCCAGGCGGUUAUCUCGAUGAAGGUUAUUAUCCUUAUCAUGGCGGUGGUGACGUUAAUUCCGAUUCCAGCAGUGUUAUUCCGUCUGGACGAGGAGCCUAGGCAACUUAAAGUGGACUCGGUGGAUCGAUCGUCGCUCACGCAUCAGCUGUGGAGUAUCUUACAACAAGAAGCGGUGUGGCGUAUUAUCCUGUUCGUCUGCUUCUCGGUGUUUCUGUCUUCAUUCAGAUUCAACUUCGCAGACGACGCAGUGCUGUACUGGGCAGACGCAUCGCCUAAUGCGGAGCGUGUGGGCGAGAUCCCCAAGCAGAUUAUCUUGAUCCUGUCGGUCUUGGCGUUCCAACUCACUUUGUUUAAUUACAGUUGGAUACGCAUCUCUGUGGGAGGGUUAUUUCUCGGUGUGACAGUGAACCUACUUGCAGCGAUCCCAACGAUCUUUGACUGUUUUCGAAGUGCCUGGUACACGCUGUCAAUGUUGUCGUUGGUAGGCCUUUCUCGGGCUGCGGUGCUACUGGUGACGUCGCUACCUAUUGUGGAGAUCACUGAGAAUUGUCUGGAAGGCGCAACUACAGGCUUAGUGUCGUCUUACAACACGUUGAUCAGUAUGGUCAUUCUGACGUUCUCGGACGCCAUCAGCUCGUCCAGUGCAGACCUGGAGAGAGACUUUUCGGACCAAGUGAUCGCUCAGGAUUCAUCCAAGACGCGUACUCAAGUGCUGUCGUUUGUUAUGUCGAACUGUGCUAUCAAUUUGCUGGCGCUGGUACCGAUUCUUUAUUUAUUGCCACGUCAGAAACUUGAAGCCCAGGAGAUGCGAUCCUAUGGGGAAUACAGUCGUCUCGCUGGAAUCGCCAUCGCGGUGCUGUUUGUAGGCCUUGUCGCUUACGCCGCAACGGUGAAUUUGCUGGCAUUGCUGAAUGACACCAAGUGA